AUGGAAACUCUGUAUUACGACAACCGAUAUAUGGACUUAACCUAUAUAUACUUUAACUAUUCUAAACAGGCACCGGAUGGCGAUGUUCAGCCUAGUACAGAGGUGGAUUUGUUCAUCUCGACGGAAAAAAUAAUGGUGCUAAACACCGAUCUCAAGGAGAUUAUGAUGGAUCAUGCGCUGCGCACUAUUUCAUAUAUAGCCGACAUUGGGGAUUUGGUCGUACUGAUGGCUCGUAGACGUUUCGUGCCGCAGGAUAUUGAUGAUGCACCAAAACCAAAUCGCACACCCAAAAUGAUAUGCCAUGUGUUUGAGAGCGACGAGGCGCAGUUCAUAGCACAGUCAAUCGGGCAGGCCUUCCAAGUGGCGUACAUGGAGUUCUUAAAGGCCAAUGGCAUUGAGGAUCACCGGUUUGUUAAGGAAAUGGACUACCAGGAAGUGCUUAACAGCCAGGAAAUCUUUGGUGAUGAGCUCGAGAUUUUCGCCAAAAAAGAGUUACAAAAAGAGGUAGUUGUGCCCAAGGCCAAGGGCGAAAUACUUGGAGUGGUUAUUGUCGAAAGCGGCUGGGGCUCCAUGCUUCCCACAGUCGUCAUUGCGAAUCUAAUGAGCUCUGGGGCUGCGGCACGUUGCGGCCAAUUGAAUAUCGGCGAUCAGCUAAUCGCCAUCAACGGACUGAGUCUGGUCGGUCUGCCGCUCUCCACCUGCCAAACAUACAUCAAGAAUACCAAAACCCAGACCGUUGUCAAAUUCACAGUUGUGCCCUGUGCACCAGUCGUCGAGGUCAAGAUCAAGCGGCCCGAGACCAAAUAUCAACUCGGAUUCAGCGUCCAAAAUGGAGUG